AUGGGGAACGAAAACCGAACCAAAGAGAUCCAGUUCUACUUUCACCCAUUUUCACCCAUUCUGGAGAUACAAAUGCUGAUUUUUGUGGCUUUCCUGCUCAUGUAUGUUGGAAGUCUCAUUGGUAAUGCCACGAUCUUUCUCACUGUCUGGGCUGAGCGUUCGCUCCACACGCCCAUGUAUUUCUUUCUGGCCAAUUUGGCGGCUCUGGAGAUCUUCUACUCUUCCACUGUUGCCCCCCUGGCUUUGGUCAACCUCCUGACCAUGGGGAGAAUACCCAUCUCUGUCACCGGCUGUGGCGCACAGAUGUUCUUCUUUGUCCUUCUGGGCAGUGCUGACUGUAUCCUCCUGGGGAUCAUGGCUUAUGAUCGGUUUGUAGCCAUCAGGGAUCCCCUGCGCUACAGUCUCAUCAUGAGAUGGCAGCUGUGCGCCCAGCUGGCUGUGGGAGCCCUGGUCCUUGGUUUCAUUCUAGCCCUACAACUGACCGUUCUUAUUUUCCAUCUGCCGUUUUGCGCCCACAACAGAAUCCCUCACUUCUACUGUGAUGUACUCCCGAUCUUGCGGCUAGCGUUCGGAGAUACUCGAACGCCAGAAGCCAUGAUCUUCAUCGUUAGCGUCAUCGUCCUUACCAUCCCCUUCUCUCUGAUCUCCGUCUCGUACAUCUUCAUCGUGGCCGCCAUCCUGAAAAUCCGCUCCACGGAGGGACGGCGCAAGGCCUUCUCCACCUGCUCUUCUCACCUGACUGUGGUUCUCCUCCAGUACGGCUGCUGUAGCCUCAUCUACCUACGCCCCAGCUCCAGCUACAACCCAGAAAUGGGCCGCGUGGUGUCCGUUGUCUACACCUUUGUCACCCCUGUCUUGAAUCCCUUGAUCUACAGCAUGAGAAACCAAGAGCUGAAAGAUGCAUUAAAUAAGGUAAUGAAGAGACAUUUACUGAACUAG